AUGAUGUGGCCUAAUUUCCUGCCAGAAGAGGACCUGCGGCGUGGGGUGGUGGGCCGGCGGCGGGCCCGUGGGCAGCAGGGCGCCCAGCCGACGCCGGAGCGAGAAGGGAAGAUCAAGCUGGCGCUGCUGCUGGCUGCCAUGGGGGCCACGCUGGCCGUGCUGGCCGUGGGCACUGAGUUCUGGGUGGAACUCAACACCUACAGGGCCAACGACAGCGCCGUCUGCGAUGCCGCCCACCUGGGACUGUGGAAGGUGUGCACCAAGCGCCUGUGGCAGGCCGAUGUGCCCGCGGGCAGGGGCACCUGCGGCCCUGCUGCGCUGCCUGGAGAAGCAAACUGUACCUACUUUAAAUUCUUCACCACGGGCCAGAACGCACGCAUCUUCCAGAGAACCACAAAGAAAGAGGUGAAUCUGGCCGCUGCAGUGAUCGCAGUGCUGGGUCUGGCAGUCAUGGCCCUGGGGUGCCUUUCUAUCAUCAUGGUGCUCAGCAAAGGGGCGGAGUUCCUGCUCCGGGUUGGAGCCGCCUGCUUUGGCCUCUCAGGUGAGGGGUGA